CUCUGGGAGCCCACCGGCUCGCCCCGAACCAAGAUGGCGGCGGACGCAGCUGCUGGGAAGUACAGAAGCACUGUCAGCAAAAGCAAAGACCCCUCGGGGCUGCUCAUCUCUGUGAUCAGGACCCUCUCCACCAGCGAUGAUGUUGAGGACAGAGAAAAUGAGAAGGGUCGUCUUGAAGAAGCCUAUGAGAAAUGUGACCGGGACCUGGACGAAUUGAUUGUGCAGCACUACACGGAACUGACGACGGCCAUUCGCACCUACCAGAGCAUCACAGAGCGCAUCACGAACUCGCGGAAUAAAAUCAAGCAGGUGAAAGAGAAUCUGCUUUCCUGUAAGAUGCUGCUGCACUGCAAACGGGACGAGCUUCGGAAGCUCUGGAUUGAAGGCAUCGAGCACAAGCAUGUCCUGAACCUGCUGGAUGAAAUCGAGAACAUCAAGCAGGUGCCUCAAAAGCUGGAGCAGUGCAUGGCCAGCAAGCACUACCUCAGUGCCACCGACAUGCUGGUGUCUGCAGUGGAGUCUCUGGAGGGCCCCCUGCUCCAGGUGGAAGGACUGAGUGACCUCAGGCUGGAGCUUCACAGCAAGAAGAUGAACUUGCACCUGGUUCUCAUUGAUGAGCUGCACCGGCACCUCUACAUCAAAUCCACCAGCCGCGUGGUGCAGCGCAACAAGGAAAAGGGGAAAAUGAGCAGCCUUGUGAAAGACGCAUCUCCUGUACCUCUCAUCGAUGUGACCAACCUCCCGACGCCGCGCAAGUUCCUGGACGCCGCGCAGUAUUCCACCGCCGGAAGCUCAAGCGCGAGGGAGAUAAGCCUGCAGGACAUUAAGGAGGAUUCGGACCUGGAUCCCGAGGAGAACAGCACCCUCUUCAUGGGCAUCCUUAUCAAGGGGCUAGCCAAGCUGAAGAAGAUCCCAGAGACGGUCACGGCCAUCCAGGAGCGCCUGGAGCAGGAGCUCAAGCAGAUUGUGAAGCGGUCUACCACGCAGGUGGCCGACAGCGGCUAUCAGAGGGGAGAGAACCUCGCUGUGGACAACCAGCCACGGUUACUUCUUGAAUUGCUGGAGCUGCUGUUUGACAAGUUCAAUGCCGUAGCCGCUGCACAUGCUGUGGUCCUGGGAUACCUGCAGGAUUCUGUCAUGACCGUGCUGACUCAGCAGGAAGACAUUAAGUUGUAUGAUAUGGCCUAUGUGUGGGUGAAGAUCCAAGAUGUUCUUCAGAUGCUGUUGACUGAGUACUUGGAUAUGAAAAAUACUCGUACGGCCUCUGAACCAUCAGCUCAGCUAAGCUAUGCCAGUACUGGACGAGAGUUCGCAGCCUUUUUUGCCAAGAAGAAACCUCAAAGGCCAAAAAAUUCUCUUUUCAAGUUUGAAUCCUCCUCCCACGCCAUCAGCAUGAGCGCCUAUUUGCGAGAACAGAGAAGGGAGCUCUACAGCCGGAGUGGAGAACUUCAAGGGGGUCCUGAUGACAACCUAAUUGAAGGUGGAGGAACAAAAUUCGUCUGCAAACCUGGAGCCAGAAACAUUACCGUCAUAUUCCAUCCAUUACUAAGGUUCAUUCAGGAGAUUGAGCAUGCCCUGGGACUUGGCCCAGCCAAGCAGUGUCCUCUUCGAGAGUUUCUCACCGUGUACAUCAAAAACAUCUUCCUCAGUCAGGUCUUGGCUGAGAUCAACAAGGAGAUUGAAGGGGUCACCAAAACAUCGGACCCCCUGAAGAUCCUGGCAAAUGCGGACACCAUGAAGGCGCUGGGCGUGCAGCGGCCUCUCCUGCAGAGCACAAUCAUCGUGGAGAAGACAGUGCAAGACCUCAUGAACCUGAUGCAUGACCUGAGCGCCUAUUCGGACCAGUUCCUCAACAUGGUGUGUGUGAAGCUCCAGGAGUACAAGGACACCUGCUCCACAGCUUACAGGAGCAUUGUCCAGUCCGAAGAGAAGCUUGUCAUCAGUGCGUCUUGGGCAAAAGAUGACGACAUCAGCAGACUCUUGAAAUCGCUACCCAACUGGAUUAACAUGGCCCAGCCCAAACAGCUGCGGCCGAAGAGAGAAGAGGAGGAAGACUUCGUAAGGGCAGCCUUUGGCAAGGAGUCUGAAGUUCUCAUUGGGAACCUGGGUGAUAAACUUAUCCCUGCGCAGGACAUCCUCCGUGACGUCAGCGACCUCAAAGGCUUGGCCAACAUGCACGAAAGCCUGGAAUGGUUGGCAGGCCGAACCAAGUCCGCCUUCUCCAACCUUUCUACGUCCCAGAUACUUUCUCCUGCUCAGGAGAGCCACGUGAACAUGGACCUCCCCCCAAUGUCAGAGCAGAUCAUGCAGACUCUGAGCGAACUCGCCAAAUCGUUCCAGGAUAUGGCCGACCGCUGCCUGCUAGUCUUGCACCUGGAAGUGAGGGUUCACUGCUUCCACUAUCUCAUCCCUCUGGCAAAAGAGGGGAACUAUGCCAUCGUCGCCAACGUGGAAAGUAUGGAUUAUGACCCCCUGGUGGUGAAACUGAACAAAGACAUCAGCGCCAUCGAGGAGGCCAUGAGCGCGAGCCUGCAGCAGCACAAGUUCCAGUACAUCUUCGAAGGCCUGGGACACCUGAUUUCCUGCAUCCUCAUCAACGGUGCCCAGUACUUCAGGCGCAUCAGUGAGUCUGGCAUCAAGAAAAUGUGCAGGAACAUCUUUGUUCUUCAGCAGAAUCUGACCAACAUCACCAUGUCCCGGGAGGCAGACCUGGACUUUGCAAGGCAGUACUACGAGAUGCUGUACAACACGGCCGACGAGCUGCUGAACCUGGUGGUGGACCAGGGCGUCAAGUACACGGAGCUCGAGUACAUCCACGCCCUGACCCUGCUGCACCGCAGCCAGACGGGCGUGGGCGACCAGACCACCCAGAACAUGAGGCUGCAGCGGCUCAAGGAGAUCAUCUGCGAGCAGGCUGCCAUCAAGCAAGCCACCAAGGACAAAAAGAUCACCACCGUCUGACGGGGCGCGUGGCGGUGGGGGGCGGCCGGGGUUCUCUCUGGUUUGCUCAGUCCUGAAUGUUUCUCUGGCAUGUUGCUUGGCAUAUUCUGAGCCGACUUAG